AGCAGUACUAAAAAGCGAAAACAGCGCCAUGUAUAAUUGCACGACCUCUCGUGCAACUAUCCACAAUAUAAACCACACUCAUAAUUGAUAAUUCAUACAGUAAAAACAAACCUUGUUUUGAAUUUUUAUCUCCACCAUCAUUACUUCCUGACAAUAACUUUUACAGUAGUGCUUCCUCUUCUCCCUUCACAUACAACACCAAUUUAUUUUUCUUUUUAUUUAUUUUGGACCAUCCUUUCUUCCAAACCGUACUUAAACAUAUUAAGAGAGAGAAAAAAAAAAAUACAUAAAAACAAAUCUACCGUUCUUCUAGUCGUCACUUGGAAAUACUACUCUGUACAAACUACAACAAACAAUUAUGGCUCCUCCUUCUUCUUCCUCUGUCAGCCCUUCUCUUCCUUCUCGCUCACACCUCUUCACUCCUAUACAAGAAGGAAAUGAGAGUGAAGAAACAGAAGAACGACAUCGUUAUGGAUCAGUUACAACACCGAGUAAUAACAGUACAAUCGCCACCUCAUCAGCCGGUACGGACACCGUGUACCACCAUAACCCGACCCCACUUCAUGAACCCGGGAAAAAACCCGCCGGAAAAAACCGUAAGUCAUCGGGAAAUUCAAACUCCGCCACUUAUUCCGACCGUGCUGUCUCCUGUAACAACUGCCGUCCGACAACCCGCGAGAAAACCUCCGUUGUUGUCGUCCCUGUCGACAACCACCUUAACAAACACUCUCUCUCCUCCUCCUCUGCAACGCCGAGUCCUAAUGGUUUGUUCAAGUCUCUCAUCGCCGGAAUCUCUCGCCGGAGUCCGAAACCGUCACCGUCGCCGGCGCCGGAAUCUUCGUCCGCGGUGGAGAGGGAGGAGCACUGGAGGAUUGCGGUUGCCGAACUUUCUCAUAAACUUGUACAAGCUACUAGAAGACGAGAUGAAGCGAUUCUAGAAGCUUCGAAGCUAAAAUAUUCCAUGGCUGAACUUGAGAAGAAGCUUAAUCGGUUAGAAAUCUACUGUCAUAACCUUAAAUCUGGGCUUGAAAUUUGUAACCAAACCCAAACCCAGGCCCAAAGCCCGGCCCGGUUCUCAAGCCCAAGCCCGGGUGGCUCUUGGAACUUCCCUAGCAAUCAUAACAACCAUGAUCUCAUCAUCAAGAACUUCCUCGUUGCGGUAUCCGAUGCGCGAUCUUCGAUCCGUUUUCUCAGCAAAUCGCUCGCUUCACAGCUGAAAUUAAUGGGGGUUAAGGUGUUCGAGAGGUUAAGUACAAUCUUACGAUCCUACGAUUUCAAGCUUUCGUCGUCAUCUUCGAACAGCAAUCAGUAUAAGAGUCUCCAGUUUUACCUGGAGGCUCUACUGAGUGCUUCUUUCUACGAGGAUUUCGAGUGUUCCGGGUUCGGGAAGAGCUCCACGGAUCGAAUCCUGAACCCGAUUGAUCGGUGUGAGGCUAACUAUUCGGCGUAUAAUGGGUUGAAGGAGCUUGCAUGGGAGGAGGUGUUAAAUAAAGGGACUAAACAUUUUAGUGAGGAGUUUAGUAGAUUUUGUGAUAGGAAAAUGAGUGAGAUUGUUAGUAUGUUGGGAUGGAAUAGGGCUUGGCCGGAACCGCUAUUGCAAGCGUUUUUUGGGGCGUCUAAGAGUGUUUGGUUGGUCCAUUUGUUGGCGAAUUCGGUUCACCCGACGUUAACGAUAUUCCGGGUCGAAAAGGGGGCUCGAUUCGACCCGGUUUAUAUGGAUGAUAUGGGUGGUGAUAAGGCUAAGAAGUUGAUACCUACAAUGGUUAGGAUAAUGGUUGCACCAGGGUUCUAUGUUAAUGAUAAUGUGGUCAAGUGCAAGGUGAUUAGCAGGUAUUAUAAUAGUAAUUAUAGUGUUUUUAAUGGUAAUGGUAUGUGAUUAGUUUAUUAUCUAUGUAUGGAUUACCAAAAAAAAAUAUUGAAAAAAUUAAAAAGGUAGUGUAAUAAAGUUUGGUUUUGUUGGUACGUUAGUAUUUUAUUUGGUUUAGGUAAAAGGGGUAUAUUCUAAUUGACCAAAGGUUUUGAAAUAAAAAAAGGGAGUCAAAAUGGAGGAUCCAAUAUUUUGCUGUUUAGCUUUUGGGUUUUAGUGGGGAGUCAAAGUAAGAAUUUGGAGUCAUUUUGUUGGGAUUUUAUAAAAAGCUUAUGUGAUGAAAAUGAAAAUGAAAAUGAAUUGUCCUUUUCAAUAUUUCACCCCUUUCUAUGGUUAUGAAAUUGAAGAUGACUGUUCA